ACAAAAAUGUUAUCUCGACGACGAAGAAAGAUAAUGUCUCAUUCUGUCCUUUUGGACACGUGUCACGCAACAAACAGUAUUAGGACGGUAAAUUCAGUCCUUGGGAGGACCCGAUCGGGAGUACCGGACUCUCUUUAAAUCUCUUCCCUUUUCAGCUCCUCCUUGUUUUCCCGCUUGUAAGGAUUCCUCUAUACUUGUCUCCCUCUCUCCCACAGAGUUGUGGCUUCCUUGCUCAUUUCGGUUUCUAGUUCAGAAUAUCAUUCCUUCUUAUAGUUCUUCCACAAUUUCUCACUUUGGUACAAAAUCAGUUUUCCUUCAUUGGCCAUGGACUCGAUAUGGAUCACAUUAGCACCUGCAACUCCUUAUCUGAUCACCUUCAUUGCCUUUUUGAUACUUUUAGAGCAAAUUAGUUACCUGAGGAAGAAGCGAACUCUCCCUGGUCCUCCGUUUGUGUUUCCUUUUCUUGGUAACGCAAUCUCUCUGGUUCGCAACCCAGCCAAGUUCUGGGACCUCCAAUCUUCCUUCGCUAAAUCCACCCCUUUGGGCGUCUCCGUCAACUACAUCAUCGGUAGCUUCAUCGUUUUCAUCCGAAGCUCCGAGCUUUCUUACAAAAUCUUCGCCAAUGUUCGUCCUGAUGCCUUCCACCUCAUCGGCCAUCCAUUCGGUAAAAAGCUCUUUGGUGAACACAAUCUCAUUUACAUGAUGGGUCAGGAUCACAAAGAUCUUCGCCGUCGAAUUGCCCCCAAUUUCACCCUCAAAGCCCUAUCCACUUACAUCAAUUUGCAGCAAAAGAUCAUCCUCGAACACCUGAAACUCUGGGAAUCACUCUGUUCCAGUAAUCCCUCUAAGCCCAUCGCUCUUCGUCUUCUCUGUCGUGACAUGAAUCUCGAAACCUCUCAAACUGUCUUCGUUGGGCCUUACUUGAGUGCCAAAGCUCGGGAAGGUUUCAAUAGAGAUUAUAAUCUGUUUAAUGUAGGAUUGAUGAAACUGCCGAUCGAUCUCCCUGGCUUUGGGUUCCGUAAGGCUAGGUUCGCCGUCAAUAGGCUUUGUGAAACUCUAGCUGUCUGUGCUGGUCAGAGCAAAGAGAAAAUGAUGAAAGGAGAAGAACCCUCGUGUUUGGUUGAUUUCUGGAUGCAGGAGACUCUAAAGGAGAUCAAUGCAGCGGCGGAAUCUGGCAAAAAGGCUCCGUAUUCCGACGAUAUCGAGAUCGGUGGCCACCUCUUCGACUUCCUCUUUGCAGCUCAAGAUGCUUCUACUUCGUCUCUGUUAUGGGCUGUGUCGCUCUUGCAUUCACACCCUCAAGUGUUGCAGAAGGUUAGAGAAGAGGUCUCUGCAAUUUGGUCGCCUGGAUCUAACGCGCUCAUUACUACGGAGAAAUUGAAAGAGAUGAAGUAUACAGAGGCGGUGGCGCGUGAGAUUGUGAGGUUUCGAACUCCGGCGACUCUCGUACCUCAUAUCUCCGCAGAGGAUUUUCCGUUGACGGAGACUUACACGAUACCAAAAGGAACGAUUGUGUUUCCCUCUGUAUUCGAGUCGUCGUUCCAGGGGUUCACUGAACCGGAACUGUUCGACCCGGAUAGGUUCUUGGACGAUCGGAAGGAGGACCAGUUGUAUAAGAGGUAUUUUCUUGCUUUUGGUGCUGGGGCCCACCAAUGCGUGGGACAGAGAUAUGCGCUCAAUCAUCUGGUGCUCUUCAUCGCUAUGUUUACGUCGCUGCUCGACUUCAAGAGGCACCUAACGGACGGCUGUGAUGACAUUGCGUAUGUCCCCACCAUCUGCCCUAAGGAUGAUUGCCUGGUUUACCUCAGUAGGAGGUGCUCGAGCUACCCUUUUUUCAUGGAGUUCACAUCUUCUAUAGUGAACGAUGAACUGCGAUGAACAUUGCAGUUGAGAGUAUCUAGGCAUGCGCUUAAGGAACUCCCAGUCACCAAAUACUCAUUGCAUCGGUGCAGUAACGGUAGCCGAUUUUCACUCUUUCACCGAAUUCGUGUCUUUAAAAAAAAAAAAAUUAU